AUGUCUCUCUGGGUCGAUGCGUUCCGACCCCGGACUCUCGAUGCUCUCCAUUACCACAAAGGCUUAUCAGAACGCCUAAAGUCUCUAGCAGCAUCCGGAGACUUUCCUCAUAUGCUAUUCUAUGGACCUCCCGGUGCUGGCAAGAAGACACGCAUUAGCUGCACCCUCCGUCAGUUGUUUGGACCUGGCGCGGAGAAGCUCAAAAUCGACCAACGGGUAUUUCUGUCGCCUUCAAAGCGAAAGCUGGAGAUCAACAUCGUUCAGAGCAACUACCAUAUCGAAAUCACACCCAGUGAAGCGGGGAACUACGACAGAGUCGUCAUCCAGGAGCUGCUGAAGGAAAUAGCUCAGACCCAACAGGUGGAUUUGGGAGCGAAACAACGGUUCAAGGUCGUCAUCAUCAACGAAGCCGACUCCCUCUCCCGUGACGCCCAAGCAGCCCUGCGUCGGACAAUGGAAAAAUACAUGUCGAACAUGCGGAUAAUCCUAUGUGCCAAUAGCACGAGCCGCCUUAUUGCCCCGAUCAAGAGCCGUUGUCUCCUUAUGCGGGUGGCAGCCCCCAACGAAGAAGAGAUUAUGGCGGUCCUCCAAUCUGUCGCUAGAAAUGCGAAAUUUGAUCUGCCACCAGAGGCCGGGAACAAGAUCGUUGAAGAUUGCGGUGGCAAUCUGAGAAAAGCUAUUCUUGUCCUCGAAGCUCUGAAGAUGCAAUCGCCUGACUUGACUGGGUCUCUGAACAUCGCAAAACCCGACUGGGAGGUCUACUGCCAUAAGGUCGCGGAUCUCAUAGUCUCCGAGCAGUCGCCGGCCCGGGUAAUGGAAGUGCGCACCAAGUUCUACGAACUGCUCAGUCAUUGCAUCCCACCAACUGUCAUUAUGAAGACGGUCGCCGAGCGAGUAGUUGACAAAGUUGACGAAGCUCUGAAAGCGGACAUCAUGCACUGGGCAGCCUUCUAUGAGGUCCGUAUGCGAAACGGGAACAAGAAAAUCUACCACCUUGAAGCCUGGGUCGUAAAAGUCAUGAGCUUAUACAAGCAUUUUAUCUACAACGUCGACAUGUCGGAUUUUGAUUGA